GCGCGGCCAUGGCGGCGGCCUGUGCGGAGAUGGAGCCGGCGGCGGCGCCUCCUUCUUCUCCUCCCGCCGCCGCCGCCGCCGCGCCGGGAUCUGCCGGGCUGGUGUGCGCGCAGGGCCGGAACCUGAAGGCGGUGCUGUGCCAGCGCUGCGGAUCUCGGGUGCUGCUGCCCGGAGCCGCCACGUUCACCUGCCGUGAGCUGCUGCUGCCCGCCAUGAGGAAGAAGGCGCCGGCGCCGGCGGACGGCAGCGACGGGGACGUGGUGCGGGAGCACUGGCUGGUGCGCGACAUGUUCUCCUUCGAGAACGUGGGCUUCACCCGCGACGUGGGCAACGUCAAGUUCCUGGUGUGCGCCGACUGCGAGGCCGGGCCCAUCGGCUGGCACUGCGUGGACGACAAGGACAGCUUCUACGUGGCGCUGGAGCGCGUGGCCCACGAGUGACGGCGGCGCGGGGCUGGGACGGCUGGCAGCGCCGGGUGCAGCCCUGCUGGGCGGCACGAGGACCGCUGUGAUGCUGCAGAGCGGCACUGCGCCCCUCAGCCACCGCCGGACUGCGGGACGCACGGCACAGCAGGACGCACGGCACAGCAGGACGCACGGCACAGCAGGACAUACGGCACAGCAGGACGCACGGCACAGCACAGACACAUGGGAGCAGCAGCGCUGGUGGCAGAGCUGCAGAACGGCACGGCAGGAUGGCUCUGCAGGGCAGCUCGGUGUCACGCAUGCUGGGAGCGUCCCGGGUUUUCAUGGCUGCUCUGUCACUCCUCCUUGUGUCGUGGCUGUUCUAAAUGUGGGGGAUGUCUCUGGGGUGACUGGUUUGUGGCACAGCCCCAGCAGUGCUGGCGCAGAGCAGGAGGAGGAGAGGACUGCUGUGCUGAUCCAUGAAGUGUCUGACCUGCAGCCGGGGCAGCUGCGGGUGUCAGGCUGUGUGCUCUGUUGAUGUUCAGAUGUUCCCUGCCCCAGACCUUAACAUUUAGGUUCUCUAAAAUCUCACCCUAUUUGACAACUGUAACCUGUAAGAAUAUAUGGUACCUAAAGUGUGCGUAAGGUAUUUUAGCUGAUGUGGUUUUAUUAACUGAGUACUUGGAAAUAAAACAAGAUACAGAUACCGGGCAGCACAGGCUGAUGGAGGGGCAAAUAAAGAAAACAUGCGGGAUGGUAACAUGUUCAGGAAGGAAGAAUGCAGAGAUUCCAUCCUGAAAAGGACUUGGAUGAGCAGAGUGUGAUGAUUCAGUGUCUCAGAGCUGAAGAAUGUCAGAAGAGCUGCGUGCACAUUAAACAGGAGGUAAGUUCCCUUCUGCUGGUAGGAGCAGUGCUGGGAUGUUGCCUCCAGCAGUGGCCUCUCUUCAAAGAUGGUCACAAAUCUGACUGCAUGUUGCAGGAGCCCACAGCAGCUGUGGUUCUUACAGCCUUUUAUCUUUUGGUGGUUGCAGUCCAGUCUGUAUUCCAGGUUUGCAAACCCUUGUAUGAAUAAUGCACAGCUUUAUGGGGUAGCUGUGGGUCAGGCCUGCAGAGGACGUCCUUUCUGCAGCAAAUGUGUCAGCAUGUUAUGCUAUUAAACACUUUUGGUACCAAUU